GCACCCCCCGGCCGCCCGCUCGGUAUUAUGAUUAGCGCUGGGUGCGGGGUUCCGGCGGCCGGGAGGGAGUUGUCGACGCCGCGGCCGCUGCGGACGGACGCCCGCCUGCCGGCUGAGGUGUCCAUUGCAGUGCUGACAAUGAAGGCCUUAUUUCCAGCAGAGCUGCUCAUAUGAGAAGACCCUCUCAAGCACUUUAAGUAUCUUUCCCUUCGUCACACCAGCAUGGCGGGGUUCAAGCGAGGAUAUGAUGGGAAAAUCGCUGGAUUAUAUGAUCUGGAUAAAACCUUGGGUCGAGGCCAUUUUGCAGUGGUUAAACUUGCUAGGCAUGUCUUUACAGGUGAAAAGGUGGCAGUCAAAGUUAUCGACAAGACGAAGCUCGACACUCUAGCCACUGGCCAUCUUUUCCAGGAAGUACGGUGCAUGAAGCUAGUGCAGCACCCCAACAUCGUGCGUCUCUAUGAAGUCAUAGAUACCCAGACCAAACUGUACCUCAUUCUAGAGCUUGGAGAUGGAGGAGAUAUGUUUGAUUACAUAAUGAAACAUGAGGAGGGUCUUAAUGAAGACUUGGCCAAGAAGUACUUUGCUCAGAUAGUUCAUGCGAUAUCUUACUGCCAUAAACUCCAUGUGGUUCACAGAGACCUGAAACCAGAGAAUGUGGUCUUUUUUGAAAAACAAGGUCUUGUGAAGUUGACAGACUUUGGCUUCAGCAACAAAUUUCAGCCUGGAAAGAAGCUCACUACCAGCUGUGGGUCUCUUGCGUACUCUGCGCCGGAAAUCCUGCUUGGCGAUGAAUACGAUGCCCCUGCAGUAGACAUAUGGAGCCUGGGUGUGAUCCUUUUCAUGCUGGUGUGUGGGCAGCCGCCCUUCCAAGAGGCCAACGACAGCGAGACGCUGACCAUGAUCAUGGACUGCAAGUACACCGUGCCGCCCCGAGUGUCUGCCGGGUGCAGGGACCUCAUCACACGGAUGCUGCAGAGAGACCCCAAAAGGAGGGCGUCUCUGGAAGAGAUUGAAAGCCACCCUUGGCUCCAGGGAGUGGACCCGUCUCCAGCUACGAAGUACAACAUCCCCCUCGUGUCCUACAAGAACCUCUCUGAGGAGGAGCACAACAGCAUCAUCCAGCGCAUGGUGCUCGGGGACAUCGCGGACCGGGACGCCAUUGUAGAGGCCCUGGAGACCGACAGGUACAACCACAUCACCGCCACCUACUUCUUACUCGCCGAGAGGAUCCUGAGAGAAAAGCAAGAGAAGGAAAUACAGACCAGGUCUGCCAGCCCCAGCAACAUCAAGGCCCAGUUCAGGCAGUCGUGGCCAACCAAAAUCGAUGUGCCCCAGGACCUUGAGGAUGACCUCACCGCCACGCCGCUGUCGCACGCCGCCGUGCCGCAGCCUCCCGCGCGAGCGGACGGCGUCCUCAACGGCCACCGCGGCAAGGGCCUGUGUGACCCGGGCCGGAAGGACGAGCUGGCCGAGCCUCCCGGGCCCGCGCUGUCCGCCGGGCCCCCCGCCGGCCUGCAGCCCGCCGGCGGCCGCAAGUGCCUGUUCCGCGUGGAGGAGGACGAGGAGGAGGACGAGGAGGAGCGCAGGCCCGCGGCCGUGUCCGCGCAGGUGGUGCUGCGCCGGAAGCCGUCCGUCACCAACCGCCUGACGUCGCGCAAGAGCGCCCCGGUGCUCAACCAGAUCUUCGAGGAGGGCGAGUCGGAGGACGAGUUCGACAUGGACGAGAACCUGCCGCCCAAGCUGAGCCGCCUCAAGAUGAACAUGGCGUCGCCGGGCACGGUGCACAAGCGCUACCACCGCAGGAAAAGCCAGGGCCGCGGCUCCAGCUGCAGCAGCUCCGAGACCAGCGACGACGACUCCGAGAGCCGCCGGCGGCUGGACAAGGACGGCGGCUUCGCGCCCCCAUGGCACCGGCGCGACAGCAGCGAGGGCCCGCCCGGCGGCGAGGGCGACGGCGGCGGCCAGGGCAAGCCGAGCGGCGGCGGCGCGUCGGGCGCGGGCGGCUCGGCGCGGCGCUGCGCGGGCCCGGGCGCCUGCUCCCCCGCCUCGGCCGGCCCGCGGGGCGCCGAGCUGGUGCAGAGCCUCAAGCUGGUGGGCCUGUGCCUGGGCUCGCAGCUGCACGGAGCCAAGUACCUGCUGGACCCGCAGAAGGCGCUGUUCUCCAGCGUGAAGGUGCAGGAGAAGUCGGCCUGGAAGAUGUGCAUCAGCGCGCCCGGGCCCGCCGCCGAGCCCGCCCCGCUGCGGACCGGCAAGCUGCGCGCCGGCGUGCUGCAGCUGCCGCUGUGCGAGAAGACCAUCUCCGUGAACAUCCAGCGCAGCCGCAAGGACGGGCUGCUCUGUGCCCCCGGCCCCGCCAGCUGCUGCCACGUCAUCUGACCCGCCGCGCCCCGCAUGGCCCCGUGCAUGUGCUACACGCCGCUUUCCUGUUCCAGCCAAGUACUGUGGUUCUACAUCCAUGAUCUCCAGUGUGGGUGAGCAGAUGGACCCAGCGGGGCGCCCAGAGGCCCGGAGGGGACGUGUCCGUGUGCAAAGCCCAGAUUCCUGCCCCACUCCCGUGCCCCGAGGCCCGCUGGUGCGCGAGACGGACCCAGAGCAAUAACGCGCUGCCACAGGCUGGAGGAGCCGCUGCGCCACCAGGGCCUGUGCGUCUUAAGCGGUGGUAUGAAACAGUUGGGGUGCGUGUGUCGUGUUUUCGUUGACAAAGCUUUCCUGUUCUAGCCGAGAUCAGCUACCAGCUGAGGCGGCUCCGCCGUUACAAGGAGACAAUCUCGUGCCUGUGUGCCCGAAGAGCAUCGCCCGUCUCCCCUUCAGGCCUGUGUGGACGGGACGCCGGAGGGCCAGCGGCACUAGCCCUGUCACGUGGUGGCCGCAUGCUGGACUGACUUGUGGGUUGACGAGAAGCUCGGGCCUCGGUGGCCUCUGCUUUCGCCUUCCUGGCCAGUGGCUCCUGGGAGGAGCGGGGAAGGGGGUGCGGGGGUGCUCAGAGCCCAGCCCGACCUCCCUGUGCACGGCUCCACACGGAUGACCAUCCCAGCACCUCUUCUCCCUGCGACCCCCCUUACCGCCCCCCCACCGCUGUCCUUCCUGUCCUGUUCUCCCUAACCGGGACCCCCUGACCCUAUCGCUGUCCUCCCUACCCCCCCCCCCCCCCCCCCACUGCCAUCCUCCCUGCCCAUGCUCCAUCAUCCCCUGCUCUCCUCCCUGAGCUGGGGAGCCCGGACACUGGCUUUCCACAUGUGGACCUGUGGGUGUGCACGUGGCCCUCUCUUCAGCGGCCUCUCCUGGCUGGAGCGACCGCAGCAGCACAGCUGAGCGGGUAACUGGGAGCAGCAGGGUGCAGCCAGCCGUGAGUGCUCGCUCGCUCGCUCGCUGCUGCUGCUUUAGGGUUCGGGUGCACAAGCUUCACAGCGUAACUGCUGAGUAAACACUACUCACCGUGCUUCCUAGAGCUAGAGCUAGGCCAAGUGCUUGUGCUUCCGCUGCAGUCCUGCUCAGUGGGACGCCACGCACGGAGAGCUGCAAGGACAGACGGGGGGAAGCCAUAGAGCACGUUUGCUUGAAACUCUUAAGCAGGGAUCUUCCAAGGGCCAGGAACCGGCCGGCGCGCAUCUCCCACGGCCACCUGUGGGAGCCGGAGCCGUGAAGGGGCGUGCAGUGAGCUGCCGCAGCUGCUCCCAGCGGUGUACAUAGUGUUGCGUGGUCCCGCCCCGGAGGCGCCUGUGAGCUCGGCCGUCCGCGUCUGGUCCAGUGGUUUUCUAUUCAGGUGUACAUACGGUGCUCACCUUAGGUCAGCAGCGUCGGCCACUAUGCUGCAGAGCUGUGUCAGAGCCUUAUUAGUUGUGUGUGGUUGCUGACCCUCUGGGUACACACGUGUCUGUCGAGUGCUGUCUGGCCCAUUUGUUGACAAGUGGACGUCUGUGCAUGUGUCAUAUGUCAUGGGAUGUCGUCACGGGCGGGAGCAGAACGCCAUCACACCAAUAGUGGACCAAACUACUCCCUUGCUCUAACAGUGACUUGUCCCCUAACCCGUCCUCAGAAGUCACAUAGAGUGACAGUAGUGGACAAAUUAAAUAUUGUGGGAAAGCUAGUCUUGUAUUUUUCUGUGUGUGUAUAUAUAUAAUUAUGUACUUCGGAAUUCUAUCUGUAUUUAAAGACGUGACAAUCUUGACACCGAUUUUAACAGUCGUGAGACUGAACAGAGAUGUCCUGUGAGCCAGAGUCGGUGUGUGCCGAGAACACAUGCGUCAGCUGAUUGGCCAGUUGCCUCACAUCCUGGCCGGUCUCUCCCCUGUGUGAACACCGACAGGUGUGUGACAGACAGGAAGUAAUCCAAUAAUAAAGUGACAUACCGGUGUUCAGCAAUAGAA